CGUGUGUAUGUGUGUGGUGAGUGAGUGAGUGAUAGAUGAAGAGAGAAAGAGAUGGAUAGAUGGGCAGACGGAGACAGCACAAGCAUGUGAGCGAGCGAGCGAGAGAAAGAGAGAUAGAUAGAUAGAGAGAGAGAAAGAGGAAGAAAGAAAAGGAGAGUGUGCGUUAUAACCCGUGAAUCUCUUUCCGAGGGAAGCUACUACCUUCGAAGGUUGUUUUUUUGCUCCGCCAUUGUACGUUACGAGAGCGAGCGUCACGGGCGCAGCGACACAACGGCGAGGAAAACGCUCGACGGCGGCGGUAUGUUCUACCGCACGUCCGUGGCGUCUUCAUAGCGUCGCAGAGAUCCUCGUUACCGUACGCCCGUGCGUGUACACGUUCAUGUUGCGCUCAAUACUCGGCCGCAGAGUGCGUGAGAAGCGACAGUGGCUGAUUUCCUCUGCGACAAAGUGCGUUCGUCCGCGCAUCUGGCGCGCAACGGCUUGAAGCAAGGAAAUCACGGUGCCUUACGGCUGCUCUUAUUACGUGCUUUUAUUACGUUGAUACAUACGCGAGCCGGCCCGCCUCCACAGAUCGUUUGCGCCCAGGACGUACUCGCAGAAAGAAAACGGCACGCGAAACGCAUUGUUGCAGACAACUCUGAUCUCGGUGCGCUCGGAAAUAUUUUAAUAGCAGCAUCAAUCGUGUUAAAUUAAAGAGACGGACAAAAGACUGCAAAUUAUUGUGCAAGUGCAAAGUCCACGAAGUAGAAAACCAAAACAAAACUAAGCUAUUGUUAGUUGCUAGUGGAUCGUGGAUGAUUCGUGGACUGGAUCUUCUCGUAUAUACAUUUCGGAGAGAUACUUUGAAAUACGUUUGAAGAGACAUCAGUAUAUGUGUAUGUUAUGUUCUUCUUGUAAGACGUGAAAGAAAACGCAGCAUUUCUUUGGAGGAGAAAUGGGCGAAUCAGUGAUCAAUAAUAUGGGACAGAACGACAUCGAAGCGACAUAAUUACGUUACGUGGCUCUUGGAAAAGGCGAUGCCAGACUGAUAAUAAAUAAUAAAUAAUAGAUUAGAGUAAAACGCGAAAGGAGUAGAGAGAGAGAGAGAGAAAGAGGAGAGGAGGGGAGAAAAAGGGAAAGAAAGAAAGAAAGAAAAGGAGAAGCAGAGAGAGAGAGAGAGAGAGAGCGCAAAGAUAGAAAAAAGUGCUCGCAACACAGCAAGGGUGGAGAGCAGGAGGAGCACAAGUGCCGGAUAGAAGGCAUCGUAGUAAUGGAUGAAUGGGAGUGAGCGCGACGCACAGGGAGCGCAGGAGCGGGUGCGGACGGGAGCCUCUGGAUGUCGAGGCCGCGGCACUGGCAACGUCAGUGGCAGUGAUGGCCCCUGCUCUGACGGAAGGCGGUCCUCAAAAGCCUGAAAACUUGCUCCCUUCCCUCCCAGCCGGCGGUUUCCUUUCCGCAGAGCAAGCCACGCAGGUGUGCCAGAAUCGUGAGAUCCUGACCAAGUUUGUUGUACCGGCGAACGUGCAACCGUCAAAGAUCGACGACCAAUGCCUGCGUGGUGUCUCGAAAGAUCUGAUACGCGAUGUUAUUAAUUCGAAAUACGCCAACGACCUCGACAGUCUGUCCACGUUCGCGAGCGCAUCUGACUUGAUCACAAAAGACGGCUUGACGGAGCAAGACUUUGAACAGCCGGUCACGCCGGACGGUCCCGAACCGCAGGUGACUGACAUUAUAAUGAACGACCCAUCUAUGGGUGAUCAAAGCAACAACAUGGGCUUCUUGAAAUCGAGCGCGGACCUGCCUCUGGUAGCUUCUGAGACUACGAGUGACAAUAAGAAUUUGGACGUCGAUCAGAUAAUGGCCUUCGGCUCCGACAUCACCACUGACGCCGAGCAAUGCAACAUCGCGAAUGUCGCUGAUAUCGGGCACAAUGUGGACGAGAUCUUGCAAGUAAUCAAGUCGAUCGAGAGUGCCGACACUACCGAGAACAUUACUGCGAGUGGCAGCGAGCCCGUGCAGAGCGCCGUCGAAAUGUUCGCCAUGCCCGAAGAGGGAUUCACCUCCUUCGAGCGAGAUUUACUCAACGAUGUGGACGUGAUGAGUCUUUGCAACGAUAAUAUCAAUAUCUCGGACACGGUGGACCAACAGAAGUCGAACAAUCUGAGACUGCAGCAAGACAUCGUGGCGCAGAAGCAAUUCGAAAAUGAGAGGAAGAGCGCGUUUUUAAUGAGAAGACUGAGGAAACUACAGGCGAGAGCGGUCGGCAGACACGUCGCGGAGGAGACCACCGGCGUACUCGAGUUGGCCCAUCAUGGAGUAAAGAAAUAUUUGUUUCAAGAAUUAGUCAAUAUCGGUUCGAAAUCUAAUGUCAGAAACUUUCCUGAGAUUAGCAGCAGUUUACAUUCGUUUCUGCAGAAAAUGGAGAAAAUGUGCAUCGCUCAGAGUAACAGUGUGAAUCGUCAGAGAGUGUGUUGUCGAUACUUUGGUGGGGGCUCGCGCGACAAUUUGGCCGGCGCAUCUGGCAGCAAUGGCAAUCGUCAGCCGGUAUUUGGUACUCACCAAGUUAAACUGAACGGUGAAGAAGUGGAAAGUGUGGCUGGACCUUUGUCUACGCAGUUACAUGUUGUGGAAUCAAACUUGGAUUCAGAUUGCACAGCAUCCAGCAGCGGUGGAGAAAGUUGCGACGAAAUGCAGACGUUUAACAAUCCUCAUCAACAACACCUGUCCAUAUCCAAAAGAGCAGCAUGGAGAUAUGCGCAGGAUCGUGCAGGUGUAGCAUCACGGUGGACCUGGCUGCAGGCACAAAUAUCAGAUUUAGAGUACAGAAUUAGGCAACAUAACGAAAUGCAACGGCACAUUAGGGCCACAAAGGGCUUGGUUAUGCUCGAUAAUACGGAGACUGUUAACGGGUACAGUGGCGCUCUACCUGGUUCUACCGGACGAUACAAUUCACCUGAAAGUGAAUUACCAGCUAGUAGAACGCGCCCAUUCGUAUGGAGUUAUUACAGGAAGAGAAAGCUUGUGCAAGUGGACAAGCUGCAUGAAGUUUCAAAGCGUGCAGCUAAAGCGUCAACAGUAAGAUGCAACUGCGAUCAUGUGUUGCCUGCGUGUGCUUUAUGCACAGGAAGGCUUGAUCCAAUGCAACCGCAAGAACCAAUUGAACAGCUUUCUAUACAGGAACGUGUAGCACUUGUUGAUCCUAGUUUUCAUCCGGUGUUGUCGUUCCCAGACGAAAUUGUGCACGGCACUCAUUUGGAAGCCAUUAUGAAGUCGGUGGAGUGGCAACAAAAGAUCUUGAGAGCAAACUUGCGAGUUACCCGAGUGAAAGAUAAAGACGGCAGUGAAAGAAGAAAUAAGAAACUUCCUGGUCACAGAACUAAAUAUACCGCACGAUUGAAAAAAUCAUCCUCGACUAUUCUUACAGCAAGGAUCAAGAGAAAAGUGUUGAAAAAUGGCAAAAGAAAUAGACUCGGUCACGAGAGAAGCGUGCACGGAUUGAACAAGAAACGAAUAUCAAAGAUGCCAACCGAAGAUGACGACGACAUUAGCGCGCUUUCAAGUUCCAGUAAACACUCGUCUCCAGUGCCUUCUCCAUUGCAACAUGUUACUGCCUCAUUGGAGAAAAAUACUGUUAAAGAGAAAAGUUCCAAUUCCCACGGGCGUUUGCGACAAAAUUCGUACGACAUUGACAAUAUAGUCAUCCCCUACAGUGUCGCUGCUUCAACUAGGCUCGAAAAGUUACAAUACAAAGAGAUUUUAACACCAAAGUGGAGAUUGUGCGAGGAGACCGCGAAAAUGGACGUGAAAAAUGGUGUGAUGCACAGGCCUGAUCAAGAUAGUGAUUUUGAAGAUAUGUCUGAUGAAACGAUUGCCUCAAGGCAUGAACGUAGCGAGCGGGAGGAGAACAAACGUUUCAUGACGUACAUCAACAUGCCCCAUCAGACACGUAUUCGUCAUAACCAGCGUCGUGUUGACAGCAGAGCAGACAGCGGCGCGAAUACGCCAGAUCCCAUGUCGCCGCACGCGGCGAGCGACCUGAGUGGUGACGUGAUAUCUCCCAUCACGUCUCCACCCGCUACUCCGUCGCAGGUGCAAGACACGGAGCAUCCAGCAUCUAGUCUGGAUUCGCACCGACCGACCGCUCUGCAAAACGCUCUACGACGUCGCGUUAUACCCGCGUCAACAGCUGCGUCAUUGAGACUGGGAAGAGACGAUGCUACUGCGGUCGCAUUUACCGAAGACGAAAACGAGGUUUCGCCAUACGAGCCGAGAAUAUUCCCACUAUCCGAGGAAGUUUACGACAAGAUGCUGAAAGUGAUGCCGGACGGACACUGGCAAACCUCGUCGACAUCUCUGUGCUCCCGCGACAGAGACAAGGCUGAUGAUGACGUGGAAAUGGAUUCUCCUGAAUCAGAUUCGACCGAAUCGGCUUGUUGCGAUAUAGAUGGUGAGGAUCCGAAUGAUCCUGAGUGGACAGUAGCCGACGAUAGGGACACUGAAAAGGAGAGAAUACGUCCGACGGCUAAGAGAUAGGAUAAAACUCUUAUUAAAUAUACAUUGUGUCUACAUCAUCGUUACUAUGUGCAGAAGCUACCUGUCAAUUGUUAUAUAUACCUGUCGGUCAUGUAACAUGCACCUUAAGUUAAUGGUAUUACGAAUCUGUAAAGUGUAUUAUAAAUAUAAAUUUUAUAACUUCAUUCUGCUUAAAUUAAUGGAAAACCUCUUGAUUAUUUUUUUCUUCUCUCUUUAUCUCUCUCUCUCUCUCUUUUAAAUAUUGUUGAAUACUUUGACCAAAGCAUUGAAAUUGUAUGAGCGUGUCGAUAUGUUACGUUAGCGUACGUACAUUGCAUUAUCAACUUUCAGCCACCGUGUGUUACGAAUAAUAGGUAAUAAAUUAUUAUCCCGAGAUAAAAACGGAAUCUCAUAACUGAGAUUGAGCGAUUUUGUAUACAAGUAGAAAAAGAAAAUACGUGUCACACAAUCAAUGAGACUUUUACUUUAAAUAAAAAAAGUGCCAAGUGAAAUGCUUCACAUAGCACUGUGUAGUCGUUACUUCUGAUUCUUUUGUAUUUUCCCGUUUUGUGAGGCAAGACAUGACAAAAGUCCGAGAUUAAACACACAUACUUUGUGAAACACAUCGUCGAUAUCGCUGAUGUUUCGAUUAUACAAAUGUACGUUACGAUUUUAUUAUUAUGUGAAAAUUUGUAUUUUUAAGUUCUUGUAAUUAUGUGUAUAUACAUACACACACACACACACAUACAUCCGUCAUUAUAAGUUUUGCACCUAAUUUUGCAAAUUUCAUAUCUUAUGUAACAGUCAAAAUCAGUUUAAUCGGAUACCAAGUUUCAUUUACUUUUUUUCUCGUACGAUCUGUAUUGUAUCUUUUAAGAUGCGCUUUUACAUCAUACAGAUAAGAAUAUAACGGUGCAACAUUAAAAUUAUGUAAAAAGAAUGUAAAUUCGUAUAUCAUAAGAGAUAGUCUUAAACAUAGUGUGUGGAUCUGAAAUAUGUAGAACGG